AUGAGAGGAGAUGGCCGCUAUAAUAGGACACUCAUCAGGGUUUUGACCAAUCCCAAAUUCCAGGAUCCACGAGCCCUUCACCGGUUGAAGGAAGACUACUAUAACCGAACCAACCUUCAUCUAGCCGACCAAAUCCAACAAAAAAGCCAGGGCUUCAUCCAAGUCGCCCUAUUGGCUCUCCUUAGGGGCCCCCUCGACUUUGAUGUUUAUACUCUGCAGGGAGCCCUCUCCGGUGAUGUUACUAACAAAACAGCACUAGACGACGUUCUACUAUGUCGCUCUAACGCUGAUAUUCGUGCCAUUGUAAACAAGUACAAGAUUACUUCAGGUGAGGACUUGGUCCAGCUUAUCAGAAACAAGGUUGACGACACUCUCUUCCAACUCUACAGCCCAAUCUUAUUCGGUACCAGAACCGAAGAUGCAGUCCCCGCCAUAUACGCUGAGAUGGAACAUGAAGCUACAGAGAUUUAUUGCCUAAUUGAAGCUCCUCCCGGCAUCGAUGUCUCUCCCAUCGUGGACAUAUUGGCGAGUGCCAAUAUCGCCCAGUUGCGGGCCAUGAGGGGCAUUUACAACAAGAGAUAUGGACGAAAACUAGACAAGGACAUCUCACGAAAAUUCUCCGGCUACACGGAAGAGGCCCUUUUGCAUAUCCUCGAUUUCGUAACAGAUAGCGGGCAAUCGGACGUGGUCGGCUUGUGGAAAACGCUGGAACAGUCGACAUGGCAUUAUAGCACCUUCACAUACAGGGCUCUUCGAUUGUAUUGGAGUGGCAUUGAGAGGCUCCAGGGACUUCACGUCGCGAGCAAGAAGAAUAGUCAUGGUAAGCUGAUGAAGACUCAGCUAAACGAGAAGCUCCCGGAUGGAGACUACAGGGACUUGAUGAUUGCGUUGAUUGGGGAAAGGUCCAAGCCUCCCUAA